AUGAAGGUUCCUGAAUUGAAACAGGCUUUAAAGGAAAAAGGACUUGCAGUUUCGGGUACAAAAGCUGAACUAGUCAAGAGAUUAGGUGAAGCUCUUGGCACCACAGUUGAUGCUUCAAAAGAUGUGUUGGAAGACAGCUUGCAGGGCAUAGAUGACAUACUUAAUGAUGAUUCCCUGGCAGUCACCACCAAAGCAGUUACGGAAGCUACAGCAACACCAACACCAUCUGUAAAUCCUGCAACAAAGGAAGUAAAGCCAGUUUUACCAUCAGAAAAGUCAGAUGUUGUUUCAUCAAAUGGGGUAGCUGCAAAAGCAAAUGUUAGCACGACUAAUGCUGCAGACACUACUACAGUAGCUGGGAAACCUGCAGAGGUGGCCAAGCUUUCUGAUGCUGAGAGGCUGAAAAUGAGAGCUGAGAAAUUUGGUGUAGCAUCAGCUGAUGCCAAGAAAGAACUCCGAGCUCAAAGGUUUGGCUUGUCUACUACAGGAGGUAGUGGUGAUACUUCCAAGCCACAGACGCCUGAUGAAUUAGAGCGAUUAAAGAAGAGAGCUGACCGCUUUGGGGCUGUGGUAUCAACCUCGUUAUCCAAGGUUGAAGAGGAGGAGAGAAAGAGAAAAAGGGCAGAAAGGUUUGGCGGUGCCGCAAAGACAACCACUACUGCAGCAGCUACAACAGCUGUGAAGACAACUACUACUGCAGCAACUACAACUGUAAAGACAACUGCAGGAGUUGGUGGCACAGAUUUGGAUGUUGAGGCUAAGAAACGAAAAAGAGCAGAGCGCUUUGGACUGGCAACAUAA